AGGAAAGGAACCCCUCACAAACAAAUUUGUUAUUUUAUUUCUUUCUCCACAAAACAAAUUUAUUUCAAAAAUAGCUUCCCAAACUAUACACCGCACUCCACGCCACCAUCACCACCAUCAUCCUAUCCAUCGCCGCCGUCACCGCCGCCGCCGUUUCCUCUCUUUUCUUCCCCUUUUCAAUUUCCAUUCACUUCUCGCCUUCACGACCCAUUAACCGGCAACUCUAGUCCUAUUCCUCCCAUGUCUACUGCUACUUUCCCACUAUAAUGACCCGGAGCCCCGAAGCCGACGAAAACCCCAAGCCCAGCUCUAACAUCGGCGGCGGCGGCGGCGGCGGUGGAGUAACAACUGCGAUGAGAGUUAUCAUCCCUCUGCAAGGAGUGGUUCAAGGGAGGGGCGGAGUUUUCUUGGGUUCAGUCAUACCCUGCGCUCUCUUCUACUUCCUCCAAUUGUACUUGAGAAGAAACCGCGACGACCCGAGAGAGUCCGACGACCGAAGUAAUCCCCAGAAUUCCGAGCCCCGGGACGAUUCCGGGUCAUCCGGGCAACAGCUCGCGGAGAUUCAUGGGUUCCAUCGAACGUCGUCUCGCAAUCUUCUCUCGCCGAGGAGUCCGGCCGGCCGGGCUUACGUUUCGGGUCGGGCCAGCGUAAUCGCGAAGAGUCCUGGUGGUUCUGAGUCUCCGUACUAUGCCGGGAUGAGGAAGGCGACGGAAGAUCCGUACGACGAGACGGGUAACCCGAAUGGGAUUAUCCAGCUCGGCCUAGCCCAGAACAAGUUGACGAUGGACUUGGUGAAGGAGUGGCUGGUUAAGCAUGCAACGGAAGCCAUUGUUGGAGGCGGAGGAGAUGAUGGUGAUGACGAACAUUUGAGCGUUAAUGGGGUUUCUACUUACCAGCCCUGUGAUGGAUUGAUGGACCUCAAAGUGGCAGUGUCGAGCUUCAUCUCACAAUGCAUGGAACACUCGGUUUCAUUCGACCCAUCAAACAUGGUAUUAACAGCUGGUGAAACUCCUGCAAUCGAGAUACUUGCAUUCUCUCUAGCUGAUGCUGGCAAUGCAUUCCUGGUGCCCACACCAUAUUAUCCAGGAUUUGACAGGGAUGUAAAAUGGCGAACUGGGGUCGAGAUAAUACCCGUCCCCUGCCGCAGUGCAGACAACUUCGCCUUAAGCAUAACUUCUCUAGAUCGAGCAUUCAACCAGGCCAAGAAACGAGGGCUACGAGUACGUGGGGUGCUAAUCUCAAACCCCACUAGCCCAGUUGGCAAUCUGCUUACCCGAGAAACCCUCUACAGCAUCCUAGACUUUGCUCGAGACAAGAACAUCCAUGUGGUCUCCAACGAGCUGUUCGUUGGCUCUUCUCAUGGAAGGGCCGACGAGGAGUUUGUCAGCAUAGCGGAGCUCGUUGAUGAAGUAGACAAAGAAAGACUGCAUCUAGUAUACGGCCUGUCCAAAGACAUCUCCCUUCCAGGUUUCAGAGUUGGGGUCAUUUACUCUUUCAACGACACCGUUCUCUCUGCUGCUCGACACUUGACUAGGUUCUCGCCCGUCUCGGGUCCCACACAGCACCUGCUGAUCGCCAUGCUUUCAGAUGUCCAAUUCGCUCAGGAGUUUGUGAAGGUGAACAGAGAGAGGCUUAGAAGAACGUUUGAUGCAUUUGCAGGAGGGUUGAAGAAGAUGGGGAUUGAUUGCGCAGAGAGCAACGGUGGGUUCUUCUGCUGGGCUAAUAUGAGUGAGUGGAUAAGCUCGUAUAGUGAGAAAGGGGAGCUCGAGCUUUGGGACAAGUUGUUAAAGACAGGGAAGGUCAGUGUAACUCCUGGAUCAUGUUGCCAUUGUAUUGAACCUGGAUGGUUCAGGUUCUGUUUUGCUACCUUGACUGAAAGAGAGAUUCCUGUUGUUCUCGAGAGAAUACGAGGUGUUGCUGAAUCGUGUAAAUCUCAAAGUUGAAGAAAUGGUUAAUUUUGGUGAACAGAAAUGUUUAGGCCAUCCCAGUAUAGGGGCUUUUCGGGUAGGAACAAUUUAUUGGAGCUUGUUUCAUAGCAGAAGCAGCAAAAUAAGGGUUCUUUCAUUACAUAAUUGUAUAGAUUAAUUUCUUUUUGUAAUCAAAAUGUUGUCCAUCAUUCUUUUAUGUAUCAUAUUUCAAACAUUCAUGGUCAAAUACUGGGUUCAAUUUGUUAUCGAAUCUCUUUUUGGUAU